AUGGAGGUCGACGCCGCAAGCAGAUAUCGAUCCCGCAUCCUUAGAGAAAUGAAAGCAAACCGCGACAACCCUUUCAACUCACCACCCUCAUCAACUGGCUCACACGGCACCGUCAGCCCUACGCUAUCUUCAGUCUUCUCCGACCCCGACGGCGAGUCCACAAGAAGACUUAACGAGGAUAUUGCCCGCGUCACUGCGCCUCGCAACCUGCCCGUCAACUGGGAGGCUGCCCAUCGCAAGUGGCCCGAGUUCUUUGGCAUGCCCAAGGCCCGCGAGGUGCCUGUCUACGACGAUAACACUGACACUCGGCCUAUGAGUGCUGAGUCCAAGGAGAACAAGCCCCCUGCCCCUGGAAUCAAGUUCGCCAUUGACGACAUCACACAAGACACCUGGCAAGGUUCCGCUAGAACGCGUGCUGAGAUGCAGCCUCGCGUCGAUAAUGAGUCCGACCUGUCUUCAAUCCUCUCCAAGUCUCCUAACCGAGCCCUUUCUUACCACUCUUGGAACAAGAACGCACAUAACCCUAGCCCAUUAUCCAAGGUCCACAACCGAACCUCAUCCGAAUCAAUGGCCGCACAAAAACAACUGCGACGAGAGACGAUCUCCGAGGCAUUUGACCGCCUACGCAGCAGUGCAAAGAGCCCCGAGCCUCGAGAUCAGAAUCAGCAAAACAAGUCUUCACCACAAAUGUCUUCAGCUAAGUCCAGCUUAACCGCUGUUCCUCCUUCGCCCGCCUCUAUUGCGAGCCCUGCACACAACGAAAGCAACGCUCGCUCUUUCUUUAUGCCCGAUAUCUCACAUCUCGGUGACUUUGUCGAUGGCACUCUUCGAUUCAGUGGCUCCAUGCGGAAUGGUGUUCCCAUUUUUGUCAAGAAUGGCAGAGUUCAUGACCGUUAUGAGAAGCCAUCGCUUUCGGCUCAUGCCGAAGUUGAUGAAGUUGAGGUGCCGGAAGAUGAAGAGAAGAUAUUUGUUUCGAUGGAUAUGAUCCGCGAAGAAAUCAUCUCUCUCCAAGAGCACUAUGACAAGGUUCAAGAGUAUGCUGAGAACCUGCAACAACAGGUUGAGCAAUUGGAGGCUCAACUCAAGUCACGAAAGUCGUAUGACGAUGACUACGAUUCUACUCGGGCUAAUGAGAAACUCAUGGCUCAAAAGAACCGUCUGGAAGUUGAGGUUUCCACUCUCCAAUCUGGCUUGGAGCAAGCCUCGCGCAAGAUCAGCUUGAAUGAGAUUGAAAACGACUCUUUGGCUCAAGAACGAGACCGCGCAGUGAGGAAGCUGCAAGAGGCUUGUGAGGAUAUCAACAAGCUCACUCGCAAGCUUAGCACGAAACAGAAGGAACUGGAGACAACACACAAGCAGCUCGAGUCGACAGAGCAAAUUCGUAAUGAGAAUGACACUCUCCGACGAGAUCUGAUGUCUCUGAAACACGGCCGUGACUCGUUGGACCUUGAGAACAAGUCCCUCUCUGCUGCCAAUGAUACUCUACGAAAGGAGCAUGAGACUAUGAAGGAGGAGAUUGAGUCUCUGCGAUCCGACAACAAUACCGUCAGACGUGAAAACCAGUCCUUGAUUGGCGAGAACCGUUCACUGCGAACUACAAACAAGACUCUCACGGAUGAGAACGAGGAGCUCCGCGAAAACCUUGACGGACUUCAGCAUGAGCUUGACGCAGCGAGGGAAGAGGUUGAAGCUCUUCAACAAGAACUCCAGAACGUGUCUCAGGAGAAGUCUACGCUUGGCGAGGAUAACGCGAGUCUGGUGCGACACAACGAAAAGUACUUUGAAGAGAACAAGGUUCUUCGACGCGAGAAUUCGGGCUUUGAGCGAAGCAUUCAUGAUCUUCACGACGAGAACGUGAAACUCAAAGAUGAGGUUGACUUCCUCAAGCAGCAGUUGGAGUCUUUCCGCCCAGUUCCCAAGGAGGACUUUUCUGCGCGUCUCGAUGAUGAGACAGAGGAGAACAUGACCUCAGCCUUCUUCAUUCCUGAUAUCACCAUCAACAGCAACACUGGCGACGUUGAUACUGCCGAGAACGCCCAAGCUACUGAGACCAAGGAGAUUACUGAGCCAAUCGAGGAUAGCGGCAGAUUGCCAACAAUCCCUGAUCUCACCGAAGAGGAGACUCGUACACAUACUAAGCGUGACAUCACGUCCCAAAGCGAGACCAGGCAUUCUCAGAGCAAGAGCAAGACCUCCAAAUCUGGCAAUCAACAGAAGGUUGCUUUCUCAAUCCCUGGCAAGUCUUCUAAGAAGAGCAGCUCCAAUGUCGCAAACCAGGGCAGCAAGCGCCGAACCACUUCCGACUCCAAGAGACGCUCCUCUAUGAAGGGCAUUGCAACAUAUGACAUGGACACCUUGGAGGACAACGAUGAGACUACUGGUCUACAAUCAGUUGAGAAUGCUACACAGGACAACUCGACCCAGCUGAGCGUCGUGCCCAAGACACGUAAGGAGGCCAAAGGCACCGGACAGAAGCAGUCGAACACUCAGAAUACUACAGUCCAGAGUGAGAGGUCACAACACAGUCGAUCUCACUCCCGAUCUUUACGCAAGCAGAUCACGACCGACAUCACCUCUGCUAGUAUCAAGAGCGUUGACAAGGAUACGUGCCCCGUCCUCUCCAGCGAUGCCAAGAGAGUUCUUGAUGACCUUUGCGAGCAUGAAUGCCGUAACUGCACUGUCUGUAGCCGAAUCACAUCCCACCGUAACAUCUUCACUUCCGCCGAUAUUGCCGCCGGCAAGAAGCGUGUUACUGUUCCCCGACCAGUCCCUGUCACUGAUCGUGAUUUGUCAGUAGAGGACCCUACCAUGCGGCCUACUCAGCACCCAGGACAUGCUCUUGCUGUGGUUAUCAAGGGCUUGGAGGAUGAGUCUCAUCAUCUCCAGCUUGAGCUCACCCGCAUUCAGGCGCAGUACAAUGGUCGCGAUAAAGCCUUGGGUCGCCGCGAGCGUCUCAACCUUGCUGAGACCAUUCGCACACUUCUCAAGCGGCUUGAGGCUAAGAACGAUCAGAUCUACAGCCUCUACGAUGUCCUUGAGGGUCAGAAGGCCGCCGGCCAGGCUAUGUCAGAGGAGGAGAUUGAAAUGACUGUUCUAAACAUCACAGGCAUGACCGUCCGCGAUGUCACUAGUAACAGUGAGCUCACCUGGGAGGGUGUUCCUGAGUUAUAA